UGGACGGAGAGCCUCACCUUCCACUCAGUCGCUCAGUCAGUCAGUCAGUCAGUCCGUCUAUACGCUGCUCCGCGCUCACGCAGCGACGCCUUCGCUGCCCUCACCCGGCGAAGAAGCACCUUACUCUCGCCGUACAACAAUCACGGAGAGCCGCAGUCACUCGCCGCCUUUUCGUAAAGGAUAAAACAGGUCCGGCGUGGUCUGGACUGAGCUGCUCCUGAACCCGGACGAUGGCUCAGAGACGGAUAUCAUGCUGGUGAGGCCGCCUGCCAGAAACCGCCACACCUACACCGAGUGACGCCGCCAUGCCUCGUCUGCCUCCCUGAUUCCCUUCCACACGCCCUCCACUCAGCGCCACAGCAGUCCCGUCCCCCCUGUCCCCCUGUGAAGUCACCAUGGCGACCCCCUUCCUGUGGAAGCUGUCCUCCCAGAAGCUGGGCUUCUUCCUGGUCAGCUUCGGCUUCAUCUGGGGCAUGAUGCUGCUGCACUUCACCAUCCAGCAGAGGGCCAGCCACGAGAACAGCGCCGUGCUGCGCCAGCAGAUCCUCGACCUCAGCAAGCGCUACAUCAAAGCUCUGGCAGAGGAGAACCAGAGCGUCAUGGACGGGCCCUACGUUGGUACCAUGACGGCUUACGGUGAGUAGAACUGGCUUCUUUUAGUC